AUGCCUCUAAACUUCAACGUCAAGCAGAAACACGGUCGAUACCAUGACAAGAAAGCGCAGAGCACCGGGAGAGUCAAUACCUUUGGUCAGGUCGCAAUCAACUUCCACAAAAACACGACACAGCUAAAGUACUGGUUCGAUAAGGUCCAAAAAGAUUCUGUGGCCUGCCGACCAGCGCAAAGUGCAAGACCGCGAAGAGGGAGUACAGCUCUGGUCGACGAGUUCGUCAGUGAGAAGAAAAGCAACGUCCAGGCGCCACGACUGAAUAUCGCAAUUCACAUUUGCGGUUCUCGAGGAGAUGUGCAGCCUUUCAUUCCGAUUGCGAAGUUGCUUCAAGGGCCACCACACGGUCAUAGAGUCCGCAUCUGCACACAUCCAGCUUUCAAGGAUUUCGUAGAAAGCAACGGCAUCGAGUUCUUCUCAAUAGGUGGAGAUCCUGAGGCACUGAUGGCGUAUAUGGUAAAAAAUCCGGGUCUGCUACCGAACAUGCAGUCGAUCAAAGCAGGCGACGUCGGCAAGCGACGGAAAGAGAUGGCCGAGAUGGUCGAAGGGACCUGGAGAAGUUGCAUCGAGGCCGGCAAUGGCAUGGGUGAGAAGAUUUCGGCGUUGAAUGUAGAUGCACCAGAAGACUUGUUCAUCGCGGAUGCCAUCAUCGCAAAUCCUCCUUCGAUGGGACACAUUCAUUGCGCGGAGAAGCUGGGUAUUCCUCUUCACAUGGUCUUCACAAUGCCGUGGUCACCAACAAGGGGUUUUCACCAUCCUUUGGCGGCCAUGGAGUAUGGAGAAGUCGAGACGUCCGUGGCCAACUACUUCAGCUUCGGCAUCAUGGAGUUGUUAACAUGGCAGGGCCUGGGAGACAUCAUUAACAAAUUCCGAACACAAACGUUGAAGUUAGACGCAAUCAGUCCGUUGUGGGGUCAUCAACUGGUCCCAAGGCUUCGCGUGCCCUACAGUUACCUCUGGUCACAAGCACUGAUACCACGACCACCUGACUGGGGUGCACAUAUCAGUAUCACCGGAUUUUCGUUCCUGAAAGCUGGUUCAGAUUAUACUCCGCCUGAGGACCUGGCCGAGUUCCUUGCCGAAGGACCACCUCCAGUAUACAUCGGAUUUGGAAGUAUUGUAGUCGAUGAUCCAGUCGGGCUCACUAAGCUCAUCUUUGAAGCUGUAAAGAUGGCGAAAGUACGCGCGAUAGUGUCCAAAGGUUGGGGCGGUGUGGGUGCAGGCGAAGUACCUGAUGGCGUCUACCUCAUAGGUAAUUGUCCGCACGAUUGGCUCUUCCAAAAAGUUUCGUGCGUCGUACAUCAUGGGGGCGCUGGCACAACUGCAGCCGGAAUCGCAUUAGGAAAGCCGACAGUUGUUGUGCCCUUCUUCGGCGACCAGCCGUUCUGGGGACAAAUGAUUGCGAAAGCUGGUGCUGGCCCUGUGCCUGUUGCUUUCAAGCAGAUGACGGCACAGAGCCUCGCCGAGAGCAUCACAUUUGCACUCAGAGACGAGGUCAAAGUAGCUGUAAAGAGAAUGGCUGAGAGUAUCGCGGCAGAAGACGGCAGUGGGGGUGCAGUGCGAGACUUCGAACAAAAACUCGAGAUCGAUGGAAUGCGAUGCCAUCUUUGUCCAGAGCGUCUGGCCAUUUGGCGGGACGAGCAGACUGGAGCGCAUCUGAGUGGCUUUGCAGUAUGGACGCUUGGUGAAGAAAGGUUGCUGGAGCCAGCACAUCUGCGUCUAUUACACCACAGGCAUUGGUAUACACAUGAGGGAGCUGAAGGCCCGUUCGUUGGUGCCCUGGCUGCCUUCGGUGGGCUGAUGGCUUCCCUUAGCACAGAUACGGCCGCAUUCUCGCAACGACUGGAGAGAAAGCCUAGGACGAUGGAUGUCGAAUCCUUGGAGAGGAUUGUUUCGAACGAGUCAGGGGAGAUAGACCCGAAGAAGGGCCUGACCUCGAAACAGUUCCAUCACUUGGCGUAUAGAAUGGCAGUGAAGUCGUACGAAGAAGACCCAGCCCGGAACUUCAAAAAGCCGCGGAGCCGUCCUGGAAUCACAGCCAUACGGACCAAGGUAGCUGCAAAGAAGGCUAAGGGCGGACGAGGGUAUCAGAUCACAAGCGCUACUGCGCAUUACAUUUGUGAUGUCACCGCAACAGGCGCAAAAGGUGAGCUGCCUCAGAUUCGCCGUAGAUGCCGUCUGACGAUUUCGAACAGCUCCGGUUGCGCUGUUUUAUAACCUCGCGAACGGCUUUCGAAACCUACCAUCCUACACCAUUCACAAUGAUCCAGCCAGGCGAAGGGACGAGAUCACGGGCUUCGGCAGUGGAUGCAAGCUUGCCGGGAAGGUACGUCGUUAUUCUGAGAGAGCGAACAGACUACUGAUAACGAGUGAUAGGAAUUCGUACUCGGUUUCGCUGAUGCAUUGCAGGGUGUCGUGAGGCAUCCGUACCUUGGUGCUAAAGAGGAAGGCCCACUCGGGUUUGGGAAGGGCAUCGGAAGAAGUAUCAGCGGCUUCUAUUUACAUUCGAUGGCUGGUAAGCCAUUCCUUCAAGGAUUCAGGUGUACGCUCGACUAACUUUGAGUGUUAGCCAUAUUUGGUGUACCAGGCUACUUCCUAAAAGGUGUUGAACGGGGACUUUUGGCAAGACACCUUACAGCUCUCCAAGCGGAGCUCUUUCUUAUUCAACUGCGCCGCUCGUCUCUUGACUUCCGGCGAGCCAGUGAAGCUGAGAAGGUCGACGUAGUCGAACAGUGGAAAAAGCUGCAAGCCAGCAUAGCGAAGCAUUAG